AUGAAAGACGGGAAGAGCCUCCCCGCCGGCAACAAACAGCCCGCCAACUCCACAGCAAUCUACACUCUCCUCAUCCUCCUCUCCUUCUACAUCGGAUACUUCUACGCCGCCUCCUCCUCCUCCACCGCCGACAACAACAACAACAACCUCCCCAACUCCCAACUACCAACAACAACUGCCACCACCGCCGCCAUGACUCUCCCAGCCGAGCUCGACAACUUCCGAGCCUCCCCCAACUGCGCCGCCAACCCCUUACCCACCCGCCAGAUCCGACAAACCCUCAUCGACCGCGUCUACGGCGGCACCUCCCCUUUCUCCGACUUCCCGCCGCCGCACGUGGCCGGGUCCCUCCGCCACAAGUGCCUCAAAGGCUGGGGCUCCACCACGCCCGUGUUCCGCCACCUCCUCGAGGAGGUCCGCCCCGAGGUCAUCAUCGAAGUCGGGACAUUUCUCGGCGCGUCGACCGUCCACAUGGCCAAGCUGGCGCGUGAGCUCGGCCUCGACGACACGGUCAUUUUGUGCAUCGACGACUUCCGGGGUUGGGCCGGGUUCAGGGAGGAGUUCCCCUUUAUUAAGCAAGUCAACGGCGCCGUGACGCUGUUGUAUCAGUUCAUGCAGAACGCGGUUUAUACCAACGUGACCGACUCGGUCCUUCCGCUCCCGUUCUCCGCCGGUUCGACCCUGUCGGUGUUGUGCGAGUGGGGUGUGACCGCGGAUCUGAUCGAGAUCGACGCGGGUCAUGAGUUUACCUCGAUUUGGUCCGAUUUGAACCGGGCGUACCGGUUGUUGCGACCGGGUGGGGUCAUGUUUGGGCAUGACUAUUUUCUCGUGGGGGAUAGGCGGUCGGUCAGACGGGCGGUUCAUUUGUUUGCCCAGAUGUAUGGGCAUACGGUUCAGAUCGAUGGCCAGCAUUGGGUGCUACGCACCUCUUAG